AGAGAGAGGGAGAGAGAGAGAGAUGAGACGUCUCUUCCUCACUUGGCUGCAUUCGGUUUACCGACACCGGAGAAGCGACCAUGCUGUGGAAACUAGUUGAGAAUGUCAAGUAUGAAGAUAUUUACGAGGACCGGCAUGACGGUGUCUCGAGCCACAGCUCGCGCCUGUCCCAGCUGGGCUCGGUGUCGCACGCGGGACCCUACUCGAGCGCCCCGCCGCUGUCUCACGCGCCCUCCUCGGACUUCCAGCCCCCGUACUUCCCGCCGCCGUACCAGCCGCUCGCUCACUACCAGAGCCAGGACCCGUACUCCCACGUCAGCGACCCGUACUCCCUGAACUCCCUGCACCAGAGCCAGCAGGGCGCGUGGGGGGCUCGGCAGCGGCAGGAUAUGACCGGAGACCGGAUGGAGAGCUCCGGUCUGCUGGCUCAGCCCCGGGCUUCACUGCCGCAGCUGUCCGGGUUGGACCCGCGGAGGGACUACGGAGGCGUGAGGCGGCCUGAUGUGCUAUUGCACUCCGCUCAUCCGGGACUGGAGCCCGGGAUGGGAGAUGGACUACUGCACGGGCUGCAUAUGGAAGAUGUACAGACAAUUGACGACACCAACGGGACGAACAUCCUGGAUCAAUCAGUAAUAAAGAAAGGGCAAAUCAUUUUUCCUCUUUCAGUCCCCAUGCCCCAAAAGAACAUGGGCUCCCUGAUGCUCGGGAAGGACGGCCUGAUCGGUGGGGUGACCGUGAACAUAAACGAGGUGUUCUGCUCGGUACCGGGCCGCCUGUCGCUGCUCAGCUCCACCUCCAAGUACAAAGUGACCGUAGGGGAGGUGCAGAGGAGACUGUCCCCGCCCGAGUGCCUCAACGCCUCCCUGUUGGGGGGCGUGUUGAGAAGAGCAAAGUCUAAAAACGGAGGGAAAUGUCUGCGAGAGAAGCUGGAGAAGAUUGGACUGAAUUUACCUGCUGGAAGACGCAAAGCUGCCAACGUCACGUUAUUAACAUCUCUAGUAGAAGGUGAAGCGGUGCACCUGGCCCGGGAUUUCGGUUACAUCUGCGAGACGGAGUUCCCCACCAAAGCCGUGAGCGAGUACCUCAACCGGCAGCACGCGGACCCCAACGAGCUGCACACGCGGAAAAACAUGCUGCUGGCGACAAAACAGCUGUGCAAGGAGUUCACAGACCUGCUGGCCCAGGACCGGACUCCCCUGGGCAACUCCCGGCCCAGCCCCAUCCUGGAGCCCGGCAUCCAGAGCUGCCUGUCCCACUUCUCCUUCAUCACGCACGGCUUCGGCUCGCCCGCCAUCUGCGCCGCGCUCACCACCCUCCAGAACUACCUCACAGAGGCUCUCAAAGGACUCGACAAGAUGUUUCUCAACAACCCGCCCAACAACCGGCACGGCGGCGACGGCGGCGGCAACAAGGCCGGCGACAAAGAGGAGAAGCAGAGGAAAUGAAGCAGGGGGAUGAAGAGGUGUUACAAACCCGUUACGUCUAGCUUUACACCACUGCCACUGACCUGCCACACACACACACACACACACAGACACAGGGCCGAGGAGGAAGAGGAGGACAGCCCCGUGGGCCAGUGUCGGAGAUCACAGAGGAAUUUUUUUCAUCUGUGUUACGUUCUUUUCAUUCCCCCCCCCCCAAGGACAUGGUGGUUACUGUGUUACAUCCAUUUGCUCCCCCUGCCUGCAUCCUGUGAGACUGAGACUCUGUGAGCAGCCAACAAAAGGACUUUGUGUAUGUGUGUGUGUGCCUGCGUGAGUGUGCGCUUGUGUUUGUCCUCACCAUAGACUGUAAAAAAAAAAAAAGAUGAACAGCUCCUUAAAAAGUGAAGCCAAAAGAUCUCCAUAUAGCCCUCCGGGGACUUGCAGCAGUAUAGGCUAUAAGCUCCGCCUCCUCCAUGUUAACAGAUGGGAAACGGGUCAAACUUAUGGUUAGGUGUCUUCAUGCUGGUUUACAUGCGAGUGUUCAUUUAUCUGUGAUGUUUGCUUAUAAAUUAGUUGCAUUUAUAACUUUAUGAUUGACAGCUCCUUUGACAAAUGCAGAGCUCUGAAGCGGAGUAUAGGAGGAAUGGUAAGAUGAACUACAAUACAGUCAUGAAUAUCCCCCAAAACACAAGAAUGUCUACUUGAGAAAAACAGAUGUGGUGCAUUAGACUUUGCCGGUAUAGGAGGGGACUUUGUCGAUAAGUUCAAUGUGUGUUUUAGGGAGUGGGACGUCAAUGCUAUGGCUCUAAAUGUGCAGACUCUAUAGCUUCUUGCAUCAUCAGUCAUUUAUUAUCUUUUACCACGAGUGUCUGCUGUCGACUUUGCAGUCUGAGGGGUCUUUGCCGGUUAGUUGAUCAGUAAAAUGUGUAUGUCUGGGAGCAGUAGAGGUGGAACUGCUAGACCACGGCUCCACCAUUCGGUCUUUAUUAUGAGCUCCAAAAAGACAUCACCAGUCAUCGUAGUCCAUAACAGUUAAUGACAGAAAAAGCUGCCCUGCUGUAGACUUUGCCGGCCCCAGGGAUCUUUGCAGGUUUGUUUGUGAAAUGGCUUUUUUUGGGGGGCAGCAGUAUAGGUGUGGAACUUGCAAUACCAUGGCUCCACCAGCCGGUCUUUACUGUGAAGACUCUCAACGUUAUGGACUGUUAUAGUCCAUUUAACUGUGAAGGUCUGCUUCAGAUCAUGGCAAAAAUAAAAACAGAUCUGCAUCCGCUGAUUUUGCCAGCGACGACUUAAAAAUGUUAGCUUUGGUCAGCGGAGGGAGCGGGAAUUCAAAUACUGCAGCUCCACAGUUUACUGGCUCCAAAAGUUAUCGGCACUUGUCUCGGGGAAAUUUGCUUCACUUUUGCUUCACAGCGUUGAGCCGGAGUUGUCCAUCUUUAAUACAGUCACUGGUCCUCACACAGAAAAGCAUUGCUGAUAUGAAGAUUGGGUGAUGAGUGUUAUAUCUGUUAAACAGGUUUGUGUGGUACGAGGCGUGUGGGUGUUAAUUUAUGUGUGUAAAUAUUUAUUUAUAUUAAUUUAAAACGGAUGGUUGUGUAAAUAGGCGCAGCAGCUACUUUGGAGGAGUAGGCCUAUUUAUCUGUGAUUCGACCGGUGGGUGGGUGGGUGGGGGGGCAGGACUCAUCCAAUGUUUUUCUGUUCUUAUAGAGCUGUUGUCAUGGUGAUGAUGAUGAUGAUGAUGAUGGGUAGACAUGCUUCUAAUUGUCCAGUGAUUUCAUUUCUAUCACAUUGAUAAUAAACCAUGUGUUUUAUUAUGCGA